AUGGCGCCGAGGAAGGGGAAGAGUGUGAAGCCGGGCUGCCAUCUGCGUGGCGCGAAAGGUUCGGAAAACGCAGGCAACAAGCGAAUCGAAAGAAACACCAGGGGUAAACGAAGCGAAAAGAUCACUAGGGGCAAGCGAAGGAUCAGCAAGGGACAACAAAAACUCCCAGACUUCUCUUGCCUGAAAAAACUAAUAUAUGAACAAAAAAGAAAAGACAACAUUUCAAACUUAUUCUCCUUUAACGACCCAAUAAUAAAGGAAAAAAUAGAUAGGUUCAAUCAGAUAAUUGAAAGGAAGAAGGAUUUUUUGUGUGAAACAAGUGAGAGUAAAAAGGGUGGACAGGAUGAAAUGUCUCCGAACGUAUGCGAGACGUCUACCUUUGGGUACACAUUCAUCGACAGGGUGGUGAAUUUCUCCCAGAAGGAGGACAUAGAGGACUUGAUACAGCACGACGAAGACGACGAAGAGGAUCCCCUCCAGUGCGAUUACCCAUAUGAACGCCAUCGUAGUCCCCCAGAAAACCGGGAAGAUAGCCAAACGACGGAGAUUUACCUCAGGGAGAAUAAAAGCGAGCAUGAAGGGAACUUCCCCCCCUGUGCGGAGAACCUACAUGAACAACGGGGAGGUAGCAGUAAGGACCGCAUGGAUCGCAAUGACCAUGUGGACCGCGCGAAGCACUCGCAGCAAAGCUUGAAUCCCGACAAAAAAGGCAAAAGAAUCACAGGCAAAGGGAAAGAAGAAAAUAUAUUUAGCAAUAAAGUAAUAAUUGAUAGCCGAAAGAAAGACUUCAUCCUGGAUCAACUGAAACUGAAGUUCGAUGAAUUCAAAAUAGAUACGCUGACAAUACCGCAGAAGCCACUUACUGUCAUCGACGAGAAUGGUGUCGAGAAGAAGAAGCUCUUCAUUUUUAACAUCAACAACAGUGGCGACAGAAGGAAGAACGAGAAGAAAAGAAUCCAAAUUGUGUACGACAGGGUGGGUGCAUCACAGGAUGCUCCAUCACAGGGUGCUCCAUCACAGGGUGCUCCAUCACAGGGUGCUCCAUCACAGGGUGCUCCAUCACAGGUGGGGAGUUUACAUGUGAGGGGAUCACAAACGGGACAAUCUCCAAAGGGUCGUUCCUCAGCGGGACAGUCCCCAUCGACCCUUUCCUCAACGGGUCGUUCCCCCCCGAGGAAAGCUGGAGAGGAAGGAAACAGCAACGAGGACGUGGUCGAUCUGGUGAAUAGAAUAAAAGAGCAAAAGGAGUCUUACCUAUAUUUCGUAGUCAAGAACAAUCAGCUGAUGCUGAAGAGCAACAACGACUAUUUCAGCAUCAUGAUGCACUACCUGUGUGAAGGCACCUCUGGUAUAAAUCUACAAAUGAUCUACUAUCUUAUAAUGAAGCCACCACACAUGGACAUGCUACUCUACCUUAUCCUAACCUAUUACAAAUUCUCCUUCGUUGAUUUACUGGAACAGUUCGAAAACGUAUCCGUCAGUAACAUCGUGGAAAGUUCAUUCGAGGAAAUGACUCUCUAUGAUUACUACUACUACUUCUUCCAUAUCCUGGAAGUUUCACACGAGCAGUUCUAUAUGUCCCUGGAAGUAAUGCAGAGCAUGAAGCUCCUGUUGAACAAAUACAACUUCUUCCUGGGGCGGAUGCACAAGAACUCCAUUUUCUCCAACACUAAUUUCGUGCUCGGCAUGGGCGAUAUUCUGGACGUACAUCGGGUGUUCUUGCCGGGGGGACCGAAUAAUACUAAAGGAGAGGGAGAAGCCAACGUACAGGCCGAAGGGGAAGCCAACAUACAGGCGGAAGGAAGAGGCAACGUACAGGCGGAAGGAGAAACUAACGAACAGACUGAAGGAGAAACCAACGUACAGACUGAGGGAGAAACCAACGUACAGACUGAGGGAGAAACCAACGUGCAAACGGAUGAGGAGCCCUCCCCCCCGCAAUCCCUGCGCAGGAAAAACGGAACGCUGCAGUACAUCCUUAACACCAAACUGGAGUUCAUACAUUAUCAACAAAUGAACUUUUUACAAGAGACCCACUGGGAUGAAAUCGAGAACUACCACCACCUGAGUCGUCUGGACAAACUCGUCUACUUUACCAAGGACCUGUACUAUGAGUUCACAAAAAAGAACAUCUACAGCAAGUUGGGUGAGAUCACAUGUGAGCAGAAGCAUUUGGACAAGGUGCAAAUGAUCGAGUCUUGCAAGAAGGAGCUCCCUUCGUACAAGAAGGGGGUGAAGUUCAUGAAUUUUUUGGGGGUGCACUCUCAUUCCUUUGUGUGGCAGGUGUAUUGCACGGAGAUGGAGCUGUUCUGUGUACUUAAGUUUAAACAAAUUCGUCUGGGGGAUGGCGCUCCAUCCACGUGUACGGUGGGUGGCGAUCAUUUAUGGGAUUCACAGCAGACAGACCCACAUAGGGAGGCACCCCGGGUAGGACGAAUUGAAGCUGAAAUAAACGAUGCGCUGAGAAAAUUUCAGGCAGAGAUCAAGGAGAAACAGGUGGAGUGCUUAUACAUCCCCAUCUCAGUGGAGAUAACCAACAGGCUCAUCGAAAAAACAAAAUACAUCAAUGGAACACCCCUGAACGAAUUUAUCUACAGCGAGUUUCUCUCUGGCAUUGAUUUGAAGCUUCGAGUUUUUAAGCUCAAAUGUAUUAUGCUAAAAAUUAUAAAGGUCUUAGUGAAUUUUUUAAACAUUCCUACGCUCAUAAUACUUAAGUGUUCGCGAAUCUUUGUGAAGGAAGACAGUUUGAUGGUGAAUGGCGGCAUCCCACUGGGGUUGUUGUCCACCGAGUCUGUGCGCUUCCUUCUGGAUAACGUGGACGAGACGAUCGCUACGCGUACAUACAGCAAAACACUUUGGCAUUACCUCCCUCCGGAGAUUAGCGAGAAGGCACGCAGAAGAGGCGACCGACCGUGCAGCUGGGCAAAUGGCGUAGCGAACGAUGGAAAUCCCCCCCCCAAUGGUGCCCCCGCGAUGAAUUGCUUCUUCCUCGAAGACAGAACGCACCUGGAAAAAGCGUACUCCUAUAUGAUAGGGAAAGUCUUCGAAGAAGCCCUUAUUGACACCUUCACAGGAGACAAAUUCGAUUACCUCAAUUUCGACGAAGAUGUAAAAGACUUCCUUCAGUCCUGCUUAUCCGAAAAUAUGGAGCUGCGCGAACCACUUAGUACGCUUCCACAUCACAGAUGCUUCACAGAUUGCUUCGAUCUCUAUAUUAACAUUUACGAUGACAAUAUUAAUGCGUACCAUAAUGAUAGGGAGAAAGCUGUUCGACUGGGAGACCUAAAAUACGUCAACAGCUUCGACUACAAAAUGUUCUCUAUUCCGUCUGAAUCUUCCUCUCGGGCCCCUUCCUCCUGUUCCUCUUCCGACUCGCACCACUUUAACACAUCCAGUGGGUACUCCUCCAGCUCGCGCCUAUGA